GACACAUGGGCGGCCGGGUGGCUGUAUAUGUGGUCUUGAAAAUGAUGUGUUGGCCGUAAAUGAGUGGUUAGAUUAGAAAUAAUUUUUAAGUGCCGUAAAAACGAAAAGCAAAAUGAAACACUUAUAUUUAUUACUAUUUUUUGCAUUAUUAAUUGUUCUCAAUGUUACCGGCCAACAAAAAAGACAGUCUCACAAUAUGGCUGAAAGAGUGCAGCAACUCACAGAUAUGGCUAAUAAGAGAGCUGUACUGAGAUUCAAUGCCAACAGGUUCAAAGAUUUUGUGAAAUCCACUCCCAGAAACUACUCAGUAGUAAUAAUGUUCACAGCUAUGGCCCCUCAAAGGCAGUGCCAAGUAUGCAGACAUGCUAGUGAUGAAUUUACCAUUGUUGCAAACUCUUUUAGAUACUCUCAAGCUUAUUCGAAUAAAUUGUACUUUGCUGUUGUUGAUUUUGAUGAAGGAUCCGAUGUCUUUCAAAUGUUAAGGUUGAAUACAGCUCCAGUUUUUAUACAUUUCCCUCCAAAAGGAAAACCAAAGACUGCAGAUACCAUGGACAUUCAGAGGAUAGGUUUUGCAGCUGAAACUAUUGCUAAGUGGAUACAUGAAAGGACUGAUAUACAGAUCAGAGUUUUUAGACCACCAAAUUAUUCUGGUACCUUUGCUCUGAUAAUACUCUUUGGAAUUGUAGCAGCAUUCUUGUACUUACGUAGAAAUAAUUUAGAAUUUUUAUACAACAAAACCAUGUGGGGAAUGGGAGCUCUCUUCUUUUGUUUUGCUAUGACAUCUGGCCAAAUGUGGAAUCAUAUAAGAGGUCCACCUUUCAUCCAUAAAAAUCAAAAUGGACAAAUUGCUUACAUUCAUGGAUCAUCUCAAGGGCAGUUUGUGUUUGAGACUUAUAUUGUCAUGUUUUUGAAUGCUGCUGUUGUUUUGGGAAUAAUUCUCUUGACUGAAUCAGCAAGAGGUAAGGGAGAUCCAAAGAGACGUAAAAUUUUUGCAAUCGUAGGAUUGAUUCUGCUAUCUGUUUUCUUUUCUUUGUUAUUAUCUGUUUUCAGGACAAAGACGCAAGGUUAUCCUUACAGUUUCCUCUUUAAAUAGCCCUAAAGAAAAAUAAGAAGAGGAAAUGAAAUUGAAUUAUGAUGUUAUGAACUUUAUUAGAUAAAGUUUUGUUGAAUAAAAAGUUUUUUUUUAUUUCUUUGC